AUGAGGAAGCAGCUUUUUAUUGCAUUCUCAGAGUUUUUCCGCUAUUAUUUGAGAUGCAACACUUCAGCGUCUGGAAGAUCUCCAUAUGCACUGAUUCCAGCAGCAGCUGUUGGAACCGUAAGAUGUGCGUCAACGGUUGAGCCCUUGACCGAGGCAACUUCACAAGUACGUGUACGCGAGUCGGCAGCCGCUGUAACGUUGCCAACAAGCAUUGUUGUAGAAGUGGAUGAUCUGUCGGAAGAGAAUCGGAGGUUAUCCGAGUGUGAGCCUCACAUCGCCUUACACCAUCCAUCCACAUCGAUGCCCAUCCUGCCGUCGAGCAGUCCAGACGUAACCACGAUGUAUCCGAAGCAAGAAAGGUUAUUCAGUUGUUUUGCUUUGCUUUCAGUUGAUUCAGUGCUCUAUUCUGCAUGCCUUAAAAUGUGA